AGUGUAGGCCAAAAGAACGCGGGAACAGGAAUAAACUGCAAUUCAGCUUUUUGUGCGCGCGACGCAAUUAAAUCGACAGCACUUGAAAGUAUGCUACACAAAUCUGUUUCAACUUGUUACUGCAAAAACAAAAGCAACAACCAGAGCAAAAGCACCAGUAGCCCUCCCACGCAACCGUUAAUAUUGACUGCAUAGAGAGAGAGAGAGCCCUAGAACACUAGCAACUAGCAACAAACAGGAGUCGUAAAAAAAAAACAGGGCGAAAAUAACAAAAAUUAACAGGAAAUCCAAAAUCCAAUUGGAAUAUAUAGGAAACUUCUACAACAACAAUACAACAACAAAACAGUAAAGCUGUUACUCCUAACGGUAAACGGAGCCAACGACGGCAAUUACACAACAAAGAUGGCGUCCUCGCCGACACCAUCUCUGGACUCGAUGCGGGGCGGGGCGAACUCCAUUGAAUCAUACGAACACGCCGGCUACCUAUCAGACUCCCCGCUCACGCUGAGCGGCUCAUCGCCCCCGGCCAGCGAUUCGGCAAUCUGCAGUGAUGAGUACACGGGCGGCAGCAGCGUCAAGUCGCGCUCGGAGGUGACGGUGAUCAAUGGCCAUCAUCCCAUUUCGGCUUCGGUGUCGUCCAGCUCAUCGGCCAGCUCCUCAUCCUGCUCGUCCUCAUCGUCAUCGUCCUCGUCGUCCUCAUCGUCGUCCAGCUCCUCCACCAGCGGCCUCAGCGGCUGUGGCAGCACCAGCAGCAGUGUGAUCAGCGCCAACAAUGUGACCAGCAACGGACCCGGCGUCAUCGGCAGCAAUCUCCAGGGAUCAUCCUCCAACAGUGGCAGCAACUCCGGCAUCAGUAGUUUGGUGGUGGGUGCCGGCAAGGGGGUGAGCGGCGGCAGCAGCAGCUCCAGCUCCUCCAGCAACUCGUCGGCGAUCGGUUCGCCGCCACGGUGCACCGCCUGCAAGAGCAAGUGCAGCGAUGCGGUGGCCAAGUGCUUCGACUGUCAGAGCUAUCUCUGCGCCAACUGUGUGACCGCCCACGAGUUCAUGCACUGUUUCCACGGGCACAACGUCUGCCUGAUCAAGGGAUUCGAGGCCAGCACCGGCACUCCCCUGUCGGUGGGCUCUCCCAGCAGCAACCCGGGCUCGAGCGACAGCUUCAAGUACGCCAGCUCCCUGACCAUGAUGCUCCAGCAGCAGCAGCAGCUCGACUCCCAGCAACAGCAGCAGCAACUGUUGCCCUCGCAGCCCAUGUCCCAGCUCUCCAAGAUCGUGCUGGCAGCUGCCGCCCAGGCCAACAACCAGGAGCAGCAGCGGGAGGAUAACCUCUUCGGGUCACUCCACCAGCAGCAGCAGCAGCAGCAACAACAGCAGCAACAACAACAACAGCAGCAGCAGCAGAGGCAGCUCUUCUGCCCCCGACACAAGCAGGAGCUGCUGAAGUUCAGCUGUCGCACCUGCUGCGUCCUGGUGUGCAAGGAGUGCAUCGUCCAGGAGCACUCUACCGGCCUGCACGAGCUGGAGAAUGUCCAGUCCCCGGGACUGACCUCCUCGGCGGGAUCCACGGCCAAUGAGACGGCCCUGCAGACCCUGCUGGCCGAUAUGCGGGGCAAGAUCGGUGAGAUCGUGGCCAUUGCCGGGAACUCGGAGCAGAACCUCACCAAGGUGAAGUUGCAGUACCAGAAGGCGCACAAUGAGCUGAACGAGACGUACCAGUUCUUCGCCUCCAUGCUGGACGAGCGCAAGACGGAGCUGCUCAAGGAGCUGGAGUCUGUGUACACGGCCAAGGUGAGCACCAACAGUGCGUGGCAGCAGCGGUCGCGCGAGCUGAUCGACAAGGGUCUGACCACCUGCGAAGCGGUGGAGAGGAGCCCGGCUCCUCCCCCAUCCCUGCUGGCCGAGGCCCUGCUCCUGCGCAAGUCCCUGGAGCAGCAGCUCCAGACGGGCAUCCAGGACAUGCAGCUGCCCUUCGAGAUGGAGUUCAUGUCCAACUACCAGUCGAUUCAGGCCGGUGUCCGCAACACCUUCGGCUACAUCCGGGCCAGCAGCUCCGAUGGCGGCCACUCCAGCCUCAGCCUGACCAGCAACGGACACGGCAAGCAGCCGCCCAUCGCCCGGCCCACCCAGAGCGCCAGCAACAGCAGCGCCAGCAGCGUCGGCAGUGGUCCCCAUGGCCACCAUCAGUCGCACAGCCACCACCAGAGUCAUCUGCACCACCAGACAUCCCAGCACCAGCAGCUGCAGGCGCAGUCCUCGCUCCACAGCCUCGGCCUGGGGCUCCUGGACAGCAGCUCCAACGGCGCCGGCUCGGGCGGAGCCUUCGGCAAUGGCGGCGGUCUCCUGUUGAGCGGCCGCGAACGCAACGCCCUCGGCGUGGACCAGCACUUCGGGGAGCUCAUUCCCAAGCGCGGAGGCGGUGGCUUCAGUAGCAGUAAUGGUGCCGGCACCGUGGCCCACUACAAUCCCUACGAGAAGUGGAGCAACGGCGGCAGCGACAAUCUGUUCUCGUCGGUGACCGGCAGUGGAGCCGGCAGCUCCGCCGUGGUGGACGCCUUUGCCAGCCAGCUGUCCAGCCUGUCGUCCGUGGGAGGAACGGUGGUCAGUGGCGCCGGAGCGGGAGGCAAUGCUGUGAGCUCAGAGUCACUGCUGGACCUCACCAACAAGCUGCUCUCGGCCACCAUUUACCCGCCCAAGUCGCAGAUCAAGCGCCAGAAGAUGAUCUACCACUGCAAGUUCGGGGAGUUCGGCGUGAUGGAGGGCCAGUUCACGGAGCCCAGCGGUGUGGCGGUCAAUGCCCAGAACGACAUCAUUGUGGCGGACACGAACAACCAUCGCAUCCAGAUCUUCGACAAGGAGGGACGCUUCAAGUUCCAGUUCGGCGAGUGCGGCAAGCGGGACUCGCAGCUGUUGUACCCCAACCGGGUGGCCGUCGUCCGCAACUCCGGCGACAUCAUCGUGACGGAGCGAUCACCGACACACCAGAUCCAGAUCUACAACCAGUACGGGCAGUUUGUACGGAAGUUUGGUGCCACCAUCUUGCAGCAUCCGCGCGGCGUCACCGUCGACAACAAGGGCCGGAUCAUCGUGGUGGAGUGCAAGGUGAUGCGGGUGAUCAUCUUCGACCAGAACGGCAAUGUGCUGCACAAGUUCGGGUGCUCAAAGCACCUGGAGUUCCCCAACGGUGUGGUGGUCAACGACAAGCAGGAGAUCUUCAUUAGCGACAAUCGGGCGCACUGCGUCAAGGUGUUCAACUACGAGGGCCAGUAUCUCCGCCAGAUCGGCGGCGAGGGCAUCACCAACUAUCCGAUCGGUGUCGGUAUCAACUCGAACGGGGAGAUCCUCAUCGCGGACAACCACAACAACUUCAAUCUGACCAUCUUCACGCAGGACGGGCAGCUGAUCUCGGCGCUCGAGUCGAAGGUGAAGCACGCCCAGUGCUUCGAUGUGGCGCUCAUGGACGACGGCAGUGUGGUGCUGGCCAGCAAGGACUACCGGCUAUACAUCUAUCGCUAUGUCCAACUGGCACCAGUGGUAAUGCACAAAUUGCACAGCAACAUCAUUGACAAGAGCAACUUGGCAGACAGAAUACAGCAACAUUUCAUUUAAGAAACUAUAAACACACAACUUGCAUAUAUCAAUCACGAAACAUUCCCCAUUAACACUUGUAUUAUGUUGAAUUUGUUGUUUGAAGGAAAAGAUAUGAAAAAACUAAUAAUGAGAGAAGUGGAUUUUAUAGAAAUAUGCAAGUUAUCCAACCCGUAAAGAAACUUAUGAGUUUUCAAGUCUUUAUUUCAAGAUUGAAAUAUCCUUUUUCAAGGCCUCACGUUGGCCGCCAAUUAUUCAAUAAGUUGGUAUUUUAAUUUAUCGAAAAAAACGAUUAUGGGUUCGAUAACUUGCAUUCAUUUCAAUGUAUGGUAAUGUAAAGGCAUGGAAAGGUUUACGUUAUGCAAUUAUUUUAAAUCAAUUUCGGGACUCAAAAAAUUUUAUAACUAUUAUUAUAUUUGCAUCUAGUGUAAAUGAGUCUCUACGGUCGAACCGCACACAAUCUAACACAAAAACACAUUAAACAAAAAAAUUUAACGUUGCUAAAUCAUUUGAAAUAUGCAUAAAUGUUAGCUCAUCUUAAUCAUAAUCAUGCAUUCGAUAUAGAUUUUAGUAUUUAUAAAGCUAUAUAGUGCAACUAAGCCGAUCAUGGAAUCAUCAUCUAGUCAUCAUGCAUACAUAUAUGUAUUUUUAUAAUUAUUAAUAUUAAAAACGUAAAAAAAAAACAAGAAAAAAAAUAUUAAGUAAACGAAACCGAAAAGAACACCAAUCUAAUGUUAAAUGUCGUUAUAAUUAAGUUUUCUUUAUAUACACAUAUAUAUUAUGUUUUAGCUAACGAUUUGAAAAAUAUUGUGUUUAAGAACUCAUUUUUUAAUGUCCCCCAGAAAUACGAAUUUUGAAUUUCUCUACUAAAGCCAAGUUGAAUUUGAAAAUAAACAUUGAAAUAAAAUAAUAAGAACAAGAGUAUACAGGGUGUUGCUUCAAUGGCUUUUUUAAAUAUCAUAGUCAUAUGAAAAUGAAUAUUUUAUCUUUUAAAAUAAUAUGUUUUGUCUAUGGUUAAUUGUUUACACAAUACGUUCAGUUACAACUCGUAUAUUUCGCUCAAAUUUUGUUUUAAAGUUAAGAGAAAAUCACAAAACCAAAAAAAAUGUUAAAGAAAAGGACAAGAAAGUGAGGAAAAAUAUGGACUGACAAGCAAAUAACGUAUAUCAUUGAGGGUUGGCAUUUUUAAACUUUACAUAUAUAAUAUAUAUAUAUAUUUAAAUAUAUAUAAUACAUGUAGACUUUGUCAGGCAAGCCAUUCUCAGCUGUUUCGAACGAGGAAAUUGUUAACAUUUUUUUGUGUUGAAAUGAAAAAGAAAAUGAAAAAUAUAUACACGCCCACCAAGUGCAUACUAUAUGCUAUUUACUGUUUCUAAUAUGCAUACAAAGAAUUAACCACAGUACAUGAAAACAAAAACACUUAGAAUUUGGUUAUAGUUGGUAACUGACUCAACCUACUGCCAGGAUCAGCUCAGCUCAGCUCCUCUUAGACACCCUGCAUUCAGUCAUCAGUCAUCAGCCAUUCAGUCUGUCAUUCAUCAUCAUUCACUCAAUCAAUCAAUCAUACCGAUCCUACCCACGAAUCAAGCACAGUUAGAUCUAAAUCCAAUAACGCAUUUAACUUGAAUGUUUUUUAUACUUUGAACUACGAGCAAGGUUUUUUUUAUUCGUAUUAAAUUUGAACUCGAUAAGAAAAAGAAUGAACAAGAAAGCAAAUAAAAUUGUAAUCAUAAUCGUAACUAAAUCGAAUACGAUGUAAUUGAAUGUGAACGUUAUUAACUCAUUAACUAUUAUUAUUAACUACGAUUCCAACUGUAUGCGCAUUUUAUAUAUACAUAUAUAAAAACAAUUAAGGCAAAGACAAGAUUAAAACUCAUUAAUGUAAUGUGUAAGCGAUGAGAAGGUACUUACAGUAAAUUAAAUAUAAAUAUUUUUAUACAUGUGGAAAAAAUUGAACAAAAAAAUUAUGAUAAUUUAUUAAACGCUGCAAUUUGAUAGAGUGACAAGUUCUGGAACACAUGAUAUAUGAAUUUGAUAUAACAGAUUUUGAAUUCUACUAAAAAAAAUCAUAAUUGAAGAAAAAACAUCAAACAAGAACUUGAAUAAUAAAAUGAAAUGAAAGUCUUUUUAAUGCUUAGGGGCCACAAUUUUCGAAGUAAUUAAAAAAAAAUGAAGGAAAAUGA